CACACCAGGGCUCAUAAGAUGAUCCCGUUCGCCCGCGGGAUCACGCGUAGACCCAAAUCCAAGAUGGCCGAUGGUAUGAGUUAUCCGUGAUCCGUGAUAAAACACCAUUUGCCGUCUGCUAGCAGGCGAUACAAGAUUCUUGUACAAGAACACUACCUUCUCUUGUCAAUAAAUAGGCCUAUUUGAAAGGCAUGGAGGAUUAUGUGACACUGAAACUUUACAUUGUCGGCGAUGGUGCUGUGGGGAAAACAGCUCUUUUCAUCACAGCGGCAACAAACACCUUUCCUACCGAGUAUAUUCCAACAGCUUAUGAUGCUAGCGAGCAAGACUUUUUUAAUGUAGAUGGAAUUAAAUAUCAAGCAGUAUUAUUUGAUAGUGCUGGUGGAGAAGACUUUGAUCGUUUAAGGCCAUUAGGCUACCCAAACACCGAUAUUUUCCUUGUUUGUUUUGACAUCGCUCAUAGGGCCUCGUUCGAAAAUGUUGCAUUAAGGUGGCUUCCUGAACUAGACCAUUUCUCACCCGGCGUUCCACGAGUGUUAGUCGGGAAUAAAAAAGAUCUGAGGCCCAAACAGGACCAAGAAGAUAGCCACUCAAUAGACUUUGUCUCCUAUGAAGAGGGAAAAGAGGCUGCACAAAAUUUCAAGAUGCAGUACAUAGAAAACAGUGCCUUACUAAAUGAGAAUGUAAAGGAGGUCAUUACCACCAGUAUCAGGAUUGCAAGAGACAAUCUGCCAAAGAAGGGCAAGCGCAAGUGCCAUGUGAUGUGAACAGGAAGUGGAUCCAAAUUCAUUCACCCACUUUUUACAUUAAGAUUAGGUGUACAGUGCAACAAUAUUUAUUUUGUAUUAAGUUCAAAUAAAAACUCCAAAGAUUAAGUA